GAGUAGAGCUGCCUGGAAGGCUGCUCGYACGGUCACAGACUGAGACACGACGCGCACAGAGACGGUUUUAAAGCAUAAACCCACCGUAAAUGGGUUUAUCACCACAUCAGACGAUCUUUUAUUCGAUUCCGUUCAUCUCUACAGUUUGUUUUGGAUGGAUUAUCUUGUUUACGUCUCACCGAAAAGCCUUGCAACGCCCUGUCUGCUCGGUCAUUGACGUUGGAGAACGCCUUCAUCUGCCUAUGCAAUGGCAACCUUUAGUCACCAGGUGCUCCUCGCAGUCACAAGAUCAAGGGGGCCAUAUUUAUUGUCCAAGAGGCAAGGCUGCUCCUCUCUGCCUUCCAAAGCUUAUCUCCACUUAGAUCCACCUCGACAUCCCUUGUCACCGAUCCCUCUCAGACACUCCCGCCACAGUUACUGUCCUCGAGGUCACUCCUUCAGCCGUGAGCGCAGCUCCGCCCUGCUCGCCCGCUCUCUACACAGCUCAAGUGUCUGGCUCCAGGAUGUAAAGCAGGAGGACUCCAAGGCCUCUACAGCUGCUGCGCAGGAUGCUUCUACGGGCGAUAAAACGGACUCCGUGGCAGCCGAGCCUCAGUCCCAGCCUCCAGCAGCUCCCACUCCAGCGUCCACCGCUGCCACAGCAGCUGUCAUCCCUCCGGUUCAGGAGAAGGCCAUUGUGAAGAAGUCUCUGUAUCAGAGGAUUGUAGACGAGUUGAAGCAUUACUACAAYGGCUUCAGGUUACUCGGCAUCGACACCAAGAUCGCAGGCAGGACGGUGUGGAGGCUGCUGCACGGACAGGUGCUCACACGACGGGAGAGGAGACGGCUGAUGAGGACCUGCGCUGACCUCUUCCGCCUCGUGCCCUUCAUGGUGUUCAUCAUUGUCCCUUUCAUGGAGUUCCUUCUUCCCGUCUUCCUCAAACUUUUCCCAGAAAUGCUGCCUUCCACCUUUGAGACGGAGUCUAAGAAGGAGGAGAAGCAGAAGAAAGGUCUGGCUGCAAAGCUGGAACUGGCCAAGUUUCUCCAGGAAACCAUCGCUGAGAUGGCCCAAAGGAAUAAAGCAAAGGCUCAGAUCGAAGAGGAGACCCGCCGUUUCUCCACUUACGUUGAGAAGGUUCGGGGCACCGGGGAGCAGCCCACCACCAAGGAUAUCGUCCGUUUCUCGAAGCUGUUUGAAGACGAGCUGACGCUGGAGCACCUGGAGCGCUCGCAGCUGGUGGCGCUGUGCAAACUGUUGGAGCUUCAGCCCAUCGGCACGAACAACCUGCUGCGUUUUCAGCUGAUGAUGAAGCUCAGAGCCAUCAAGUCUGACGAUGAGAUGAUCGCAGCAGAAGGCGUGGCAGCUAUGAGCGUGUCAGAGCUACAGGCAGCGUGUCGCAGUCGUGGGAUGAGGUCUCUGGGUCUCACCACAGAUCAGCUACGUCAGCAGAUGCAGCAGUGGCUGGAUUUGCAUCUGAAGGAGAACGUUCCUCCAUCGCUGCUGUUGCUCUCCCGAGCCAUGUACCUGACAGACCUCCAACCAAAACCUCACGUCAUCCCACCCGUUCCCAAGCUGGAGAAAGUUGCUGCUUCGCCAGUGGAGAACUCAGGAACAAACCCGGCUCCUGCAAGUCCGGAACAGCUGUCCGACCCUGCUGUCAUCAUCAAAGACAGACCGGAGGAGGAGCUGAAAGACAAAGCAGCUGUAGUGUUGGACAAACCUUUGUCUCCUGCUGAGGUACUUCAGGCUAAAGCAGCAACAGAGGUGACCCAGAAGAGUAAGAUGAGUGCAAACGGUGUUUAAAGACAGUUCCUCUCCUCGUUACCUUCCMGAAGAACCCUGUCACCGCUUCUGUUUCAUCGUCUCACCGCCGACCCUCCGCUCAAAUAUUUCCCCACUUCGUUCUCGGUAUCUCUCCGAACAUUUCACCUGGACCGACAGAAAACCGUCGAUGUGAUUUUCUUUGACCCAACAUCCGGGAUGUGAUGCUCAAACCUCCCUCUGCACUUCCUGAUUUAUCAUCUAAUGGCUCCUCCUCCACACACACCCCCGACCAUCUCCUCUGUCUGUAAAUUUGUAGAUAAUAUAUAUAUUUAUAUACAUAUAUUUUCUCUCUUGCAUUAAAAGCAGCAGUUUUGUACAGUUUGCUAUGCAAAAGACAAAGAAUUUAUUUCUCAUAAUUUUUAUUUUAAAGACUUUUUUUUUUCCCUGAAAGAAACAAUUAGCUGAACGUUUUGGUUCAGUUGCUGCCCCCACCUUCAUUUUUGCUCAAAAGGCUUGACUUUGCUAUUCAUGCCUAAAGAUAUCCUGACAAAAUGACACACUUUAAAUCUUCAAUUAAUUAAAAUCCAAAAGGCUCAUUCAGAAUGCAAGACAUUAAUUUAAUCAGCUUGUCUCAAUGGGACAAUGUGGGUUUACUGCUGCUUUAAAUAGCAAAUGAAGACCUAUUAAACUUGCCUAAAUGUAGUUUUACUUUUUCUGAUUAGCCACUGAAAGGACAACCUGUACAGAAAUGCUGAAUUUCUUUGCGUAUUCUGUAUAUAUUUUGUAACAAGGAUGCUAAAAUAUCUUUAAAAUGAAAAUACUUAACGUUGUACGCUGUUGUAUGUAGAGAAAUACUGAAUCUACAGAUGAAAUUACUGUUUUUUUGGGGAAAUGAGAGAGUAUUUUGUGCUGAUAUUCCCACCUGUCAUUAAACCCCAGGAAGAUAAUCAUGGAAAUUUAACAAAUUCAUGAUCAAAAUUGUUUUUCUUUAUUGCUGUUUUCCACCAAAUAACUGCUAGUGAUGUUUACUGUUCUUGGUUUUACAUACAGAUUGUGCCUGAGGUUAAACAGUUAAUGUUUUUCAUUUUUACUCCCAGUGUUUAAAAUGCUUAUUUGCACCCUUCUUUAUGUCUGUCUUUUUUUCUUUAAUCCUUUUUUCUUGCUAUAAUCACAUCACUACAAUUACAAGGAGAUUCAAGAUAAAAAAAACAUAAGAGCUGCUUUGCCUUUUUGUGCUUUACUGCCAAACCUAAAAACUAAAUCCAGCAUUUUUCCUGAACAGUUUGUUAGCUCUUUCCUACAUUUCUCUGCUCAGAAAUGUGUGACUUGAAAGAAUCAGCUGGAAGGUUUUCUGUCUGAUGCUGUUAGAAAGCAGCACCACAGGAAUAACUGGACCACAAGUGUUUCUUCUGUUGCGCUCUCCUCAAUCUGCAGCUUGUUUUUCCUUUACAACCUUUGUUUAUGUCACUUUGUGCAAGAGUGUGUGUUUACUUUUUACUCCUCAGCAUUGUGAGUGAGUUUUAACAACACUGUCUGGAAACUGUAACUGAGGAUUCCUCUCUGAUGGUUUGUUUAUGGCUCAGAACAGAAUCUGGACCGCUGUCCGAUUACAUUCAUGCAUCACUCCAAGAUUGUUGAGGUUUUGGUUGAUGACAAACAAGAAUUCAUGUGAUUAAAGUCAUGAAACCCUUUA